GAGGACUGGCUGUGACUACAGUAGAGUUGUGGUGCAGGGGCUGACCCUACAGAGCAGGCUUCUCUUUAGCAGGGCUCUGCUGCCUGCCCACUCUGCCCUUUGGGUGUAUUGCCUGCAGAGGCUGGUGGGUUCCAGCUUGGUCUGAAGCUGGCCACCGGGAGUGCUGGCCAUGGAGCCCCCUGUGAGGGCCCCCACUUCAGGCCAAGUUCAGCUGCAGCCUGUGCCCUUCCUGGGGCCACCUGGCAUGAACCGCAAAGCAAUCCACAGAUGGCAGCCACCCAUGCUGGGUUUGGAGUUGACUGAGAGAGACUAAGCCAUGAACCAAGACUGACUGCUGUUAGUGCUGGGCUGGAACUGAUCAGCAAGAGGUAUGAAGUACGCUGAGGCCAAAUGCUGCUUGUUUGGGUUUUGUGAACCUUUGAGAGAUUUUAGGAAAGUCUGCAGUAUGUGCCAAGAUGGGCCAUUUGUAUGGGAAAGCCACUGGAAGCCAAUCAAGUGGAUACGCAAGUUGGGUGGGGCGGGGGUCUCGGAAUUACUAGGGCAGAAUGAACAGUGUUAGCCAUGUUGAUGGAGACUCAUAUACGGUGGUUGUCUGCCCUGCAAGCAGGGAAGGGGAAGGACUCAACAGAGCAGUAAUGGACUCUGCCAGCACAUCUGUUUGAGAGGAAGUUAUCCCUUCAUCCCUUGCCCUGAACCCAGACAAUUCAGUUCCUCACCUUUCUAGUUGCUGCCCCAGCACUGGAGCUAAGAGUGAGUGAGUUCAUCAGUGAGUAAGUAUGUGUGCAGGCCCUUUGCACCGGGGACUGCAGCUGCCCUUGUCUCACUCAGCCACAAUCUGCUCUGGUUUUCACAGCCAGAAGUUAUGGGGACUUCUCUUCCUGGCAUUGGAACCCUGGAUGUGGGGUUGGGACCCCUCACUCCUCUGGGGGGACUUCCGCAGCCAAGAUAUCCCUCUCAAGUUUUAACUGCCACAUGUGGGUGUAGGACCAGCUCGUUCUGUGUCUGUCCUUCCUACAAGUCUCAAGGUGGCUUCUUUUCUAUGUCCUUAGUUGUAGGACUUCUGUUCAGCUAGACUUCAGGCGAUUCUCAGUGAUGGUUAUUCUGUAGUUUAAUUGUAAUUGAUGUGGUCGUGAGAAGAGGCAAGCACAGUGUUUACCUACUCUGUCAUCUUGACCAGAAAUUCUCAGGCUUUGUUUAGACAUUACACUUGCCUAAAACCAACACUGCAGUCUUCAUAGGCUCUUAGCAAGUUACAUGUCCUGAAAAUCCAAAGAUAUAAGGGAAAACGAAUAUGGAUGGAAUCGUACCAUGUGUCAAAUGUAUUUUGGGGUUUCUAGUGUCUCUUCAGAUCCCAUGGGUCAGACAGAGGUUCCUGGCCCCUUCUGCACUGUCAGGCUGUCUUAAAUCUGAUACUGUAUUCUAAGAGUCAGGGUUUUGCCUCUAAAAUGAAUUUGUUUCUCAGGUCUAUGUCCCAGUUCCCUUGUAGAAAGCAGGACCUCUGUUAACAGGAGUUUAACCUGGAAGAGAGCACCCCUCUGAUCUUAGACCUCUUUGCAGAGCUUCAGAGCAGAGACAGAAGAGCUCAGAAAGGAGCAGACCCCAGAUUUGCAAGAUGCUGCACUACUGUUAUAUGUGUUCAUCACAUGUGACACUACUGACAUUAUCUGGACUUCACAGGAUCCCAGAAUGAUGAUACAUGAAGGGUUUUCUAAGAUCAUCAAUUUCUGACUCUCUUGAAGGCUUUAGAGACAUUGAGCCUGAAAGGUUCAUGACUUGUGCAGGGAAAUCAAGUUUGUUUGUGACGGAGUCAAGAGGAAAACAUUUCUCUUUCCCACAGCUGAACCCCAGUUCUCUACACUCUUCCAAGAGCCACAGAAAAUGAACGUACCUCAGGCCUCAGUGUCCUUCAAGGACGUGACUGUGGAGUUCACCCAGGAGGAGUGGCAGCGCCUGGGCCCUGCUCAGCGGGCCCUCUACAGAGACGUGAUGCUGGAGAUCUACAGCCACCUCGUCUCCGUGGGGUACUGCUUUACAAAACCAGAACUAAUCUUCAGGUUGGAACAAUGUGAAGAUCCAUGGUUAAUAGAGAAAGAAUUUCUAAGUAGAAACUCCCCAGAAGCAUCCCAACUUGAUGAACUCUCAGAGAAGAGCCCAGAAAACCAAGGCAAACAUUUGUGGCAAGUUUUGUUCACCAAAAAUUCAUUGAUUACAGAGCAAGAAAUUUCAGGAAAACUGUAUAAUCUGGACAUAAACAUUUUUCCUGCAAGAACAAUACCAUAUAUAUUUGAUGCUACAGUACCUACUUAUUUGCAUUUCAGCUCGUUGAACUCACAUUGUCAGUAUUCAAGAAAGAAUGCUCACGAACUUAAUGUAUGUGAGAAAUGGCUCCACGGUAUUAAGGAUGACAGAACUAACACUGGAGAGAAAUCUUUCAUUUACAGUAAAAAUGUAAAAGCCUUUGAUCAUAAAGAGGAAGUUAUUGAGCAUCAGACAGUUCAGACUUUACAGCAAGCUUUUAAAUAUAAUGAAUGUGGGAAAGCUUUCCUUGAAAAGAGUGCCCUGAUUACAUCUAAUGUCACUGACAUAAAAGUGAAAUCUUAUCAACUUAAUAAAUUUGGGGAAUACCAAUGUGAUAAAUCAACCUUUGCAGUUUCUCAGAGCAGUCAUCCAGAGAAGAAUCACUAUACAUUUAAUGGAUAUGAAUGUACUGAAAACAGAAAUAAUUUCAAUAGGAUCACUCAGAGAACUAACAUAGAAGGGAAAUCUUUCAGGCCAAAAUCACAUAUUAAAGAACAUCAGAAAAUUCAUAUAGGGGUGAGACCCUUUGAAUAUGGAAAGAAUUUCAGCCAUAAUUCUGCCCUCUUGGUGCUUCAGAGAACUGACACAAAAGACAGACCCUCUGAUUAUGACACAUGGACAGACACGUUGAGUUACCAGUCAGCUUUCAACAUACCUCAUAGAACUCACAAAACAGUGAAACCCUAUGAGUGUAAUGAAUGUGGAAAAUCCUGUUCUGUGAAGUCCUGCCUGAUUCAGCCUCAGAAAAGUCACACAGGGGAGAAACGCUAUGAAUGUCUUGAAUGUGGGAAAGCUUUCAGUGAGAAAUCACACCUAAGAAAACAUCAGAGAACUCACACAGGGGAGAAACCCUACAAAUGUGAUGGGUGUGAGAAAGCUUUCAGUGCAAAGUCAGGCCUAAGAAUACAUCAGACAACUCACACAGGGGAGAAACCGUACAAAUGUGAUGGGUGUGAGAAAGCUUUCAGUGCAAAGUCAGGCCUAAGAAUACAUCAGACAACUCACACAGGGGAGAAACCCUACAAAUGUGAUGGGUGUGAGAAAGCUUUCAGUGCAAAGUCAGGCCUAAGAAUACAUCAGAGGACUCACACAGGAGAGAAGCCCUUUGAAUGUAAUGAAUGUGGGAAAUCUUUCAACUAUAAGUCAAUCCUUAUAGUACAUCAGAGAACUCACACAGGGGAGAAACCCUUUGAAUGUAAUGAGUGUGGAAAAUCUUUCAGCCACAUGUCAGGCCUAAGGAAUCAUCGGAGAACUCACACAAGCGAAAGACCAUAUAAAUGUGAUGAAUGUGGGAAAGCUUUCAAACUGAAGUCAGGUCUAAGAAAACAUCACAGAACUCACACAGGGGAGAAGCCCUAUAAAUGUAAUCAGUGUGGGAAAGCUUUUGGUCAGAAAUCACAACUCAGAGGACAUCAUAGAAUCCACACAGGAGAGAAACCCUAUAAAUGUAAUUAUUGUGGGGAAGCUUUCAGCCAGAAGUCAAACCUUAGAGUACAUCACAGAACGCACACUGGGGAGAAACCCUAUCAAUGUGAUGAUUGUGGAAAAACAUUCGGGAAGAAAUCAAAUCUCAGAGGACACCAAAGAACUCACACAGGUGAGAAACCCUAUGAAUGUAAUGAAUGUGGAAAAGCUUUUGGCGAGAAGUCAGUCCUAAGAAAACAUCAGAGAACUCACACAGGAGAGAAACCUUAUAGUUGUAACCACUGUGGAGAAGCUUUCAGCCAGAAAUCAAACCUCAGAGUACAUCAGAGAAUUCACACAGGGGAGAAGCCCUAUAAAUGUGAUAAGUGUGAGAAAACUUUCAGCCAGAAAUCAAGCCUUAGAGAACAUCAGAAAACCCAUACAGGGAAAAAACCCUACAAAUGUAAUGAAUGUGGGAAAUCCUUCUGUCAAAAAGGACAUCUCAUUCAACAUCAGAGAACCCACACAGGAGAGAAACCAUUUGAAUGUAAUGAAUGUGGAAAAACUUUCUCCCAGAAGUCACACCUCAAUACACAUCAGAGAAUUCACACAGCAGAGAAACCCUAUAAAUGUAAUGAAUGUGGGAAAACAUUUGUCCAGAAAUCAACCCUCAGGGGACAUCAGAGAAUUCAUACAGGAGAGAAACCCUAUAAAUGUAGUGAAUGUGGGAAAACUUUUGUUCAAAAGUCAACUCUCAGAGUUCAUCAUAGAACUCACACAGGGGAGAAAUCCUUUCAAUGCAAUGAAUGUGGAAAAACUUUUGGCCAGAAGUCAAACCUCAGAAUACAUCAGAGAACUCACAGUGGUGAGAAAACUUAUCAGUGUAAUGAAUGUGAAAAAUCCUUCUGGCGAAAAGACCAUCUCAUUCAACAUCAGAAAACGCACACAGGAGAGAAACCAUUUAAAUGUAAUGAAUGUGAGAAAACUUUCGCCCGGACAUCAACCCUCAGAGUGCAUCAGAGAAUUCACACUGGGGAGAAACCAUUUAAAUGUAAUGAAUGUGGGAAAAAAUUUGUCCGGAAGGCAAUACUUAGUGAUCAUCACAGAAUUCAUACAGGGGAGAAACCCUUUCAGUGUAAUAAAUGUGGGAAAACUUUUGGCCAGAAAUCAAACCUCAGAAUACAUCUGAGAACUCACAGUGGGGAGAAAUCUCAUGAAUGUAAUGAAUAUGGAAAAUUGUAUAAGAAGUCAACCCUAAAUAUACGCCAGAGAAUUCAGGGAGGGAGAAAACCCUGUUGAUAUAACAACUAAAGGAAAUCCUUCUGGCUAAAAGACUAACCCAGUUGACAUCAGAAAAUUCACACGGGAGAGAAACCAUACAAAUAUGAAUAUAUGAAGAAUUUUGUCGAAAAGGCAACCCUGAGAGUAUAUGAAAGAAUGGGUGCAGGUUUAUGUUUCUUUUAAGGUACUAUGGAAAGCCCUUUUGAAUGAUGUCAUGCCUAUUAGAUAACACACAUAUCACACAGGCUGGUAGUCCAUUAGGUAGGAAGAAUUUCAUUUUUCCUCCAGGCACAUAGGUAAUCUAAUUUCCCAGUCUCCCUUUCAUCUAAGUGGGACUUUGUGACUGGCCAGUGGAAUGUGAAUGCUCACAUUAUAUGCCACAUCCAGUUCUAAGAAAAGACUUCCUUGACUACCAGGCUGCUGUCAGGGUAAAAUGGAGAUGACUUUCCAGGGUGCCAUGCUUUAACAUGGCAUAGCACAGGGUGCCUGAAAUAUGUGAAACAAAAUUCUCUUCCACAUCUUUAUUAUUUGAACAUUUUAUGAGCAAGAAUUAAGCUUGUAUUCUGUUGAGCUCUUACAUGUUUGGGUGUAUUUCUGCACAUAAAAGCCUUCCCUCUGCUAGGGAGUCAGAAUACUACUGGAUAAGCCCAGCUUUUAUCAGCCACAGGGUACAAACCUUAUUAGAGGGUUACUAUGUGAAAGAGUCCCUCAAAGCUCAUCAGAGAAUUCCUACAAAAGACAUCCUUUCAAUAUAAUAAAGUAGGUGGUACCACCUGAUACAGGGCUUUGGGUGAACCUAAAAAGUUAGAAGGUUUUGUGGAGGUUUUUUGGAUGAAUGGUGAGCAGCCAUCAAGCAACUAAAAUAAAUGUGGCUUAAUGUCAUGAAGCCACUCUCCCUCCACACCUCAUGUUACCUCCAUGUACCCCAAUCUCAGCUGCUUUAAGGGGAAAGAAGUUUUCCUGUCUCCAGAGGGUACCCAGAGCCUUUACCACAGACCCAAGUAUUCUGGGAGACUUCAAGGAAGGGAGGGACUCAAGCUUUUAUGAUUCUAUGGGAUACAGAUACCCAAGUUAACAUCAGUUUCCGUGGAGGCACAGGGCACUAGAUUUAGCUCAAGUUGUUAAGGCAGGGUUUACAAUAGGGAAGAGAAAUGGAUGUGACCUUAUGAAUAAAUGGAGGCUCUUUGUACCAGUGAACUGUAUUGUGGUUAUUUCUACAUCUAAAAGUAUAGAAGUUAAUGUUUUAUACUAUACUCCCUCUUCCCAAAAGACACAGAAUUGUCCCAAUAAGGAAGAGUUGCAUGUAAAGAAGAUAACUUUGAGGUCCCACAGCCCAUAAUGGCUAUUUUGGACUUCGAGUGUGUGACUGAUUUUGUUGAUUGGAAUAUAUGGCAAAAGGAGGCGCCCUUGGGAGUGGAGAGGAAGGGUGGUUUGACUUGAUGCCCUGACAAGGCUACCAAGUAUAGUCCUUUUUAGCUUACUCAAGCUCUUUUACACUGGACACCUGACUCACCUCUGACUUGAUUUGGAGGUGUGUCAUCUUAACCAACUAACAAGAUGGAAAAGACUUAAGCCCUCAUGUGUGAAAUGCACAUGGUAUAUUCAAUAAUACAGCUGUCCUGGUCCCAGCAGUAUCUCAGCCAAUCAUGAAAUAGUAGCAGCUAUCCUUUAGGAAAGUUAUCCCCCAUUUUGCUCCCUAAAGCAAAGCUGCUGGUUCAGUAGAGCCCUAGAUUCAUAGAGGUUGCUCUUACUGGGCCUGGUUUCAUUGAUGGUUUGGCUAGUUGAGAUUACUCAGAUGCUGUGAGUACCGUGUUUCCCCGAAAAUAAGACUAAGUGAAAAAUAAGCCCUAGCAUGAUUUUUCAGGAUGCUCGUAAUGUAAAAUAAGCCCUACCAUA